CUGCCACCCGCCGGAUAAAUCUUGGCGUAAAAAAAGCUUUUGCGCUCUCCAAUUCCAGAUGCCUUCGCAGAUUUGUAGGGUUAACGUGAUAGAACAGCAGUGGCUCUCAAGAUAUUUCCAUUUCGUCAUGCUUUUAAAUUAAAUCAUCAUUUUAGGAUUUAUCAAUUCUUAAAAUGGCAACAUAACUUGUUUUAGACCACCCUUCCUGUUGCCGACAAUGGUCUGUCAAUGUUUAUAAAUUACAUUUUAAGUAGAAAUUAAAGCUUAUUAUUUAUUCAUUUAUAAAUUGUAAACAAAUAUGGAUAGCCAAGGUCGACAAGUGAUCAUAUGUGAUAAUGGAACUGGGUUCGUCAAGUGUGGUUAUGCCGGUUCUAAUUUCCCUGCUUUCACAUUUCCAUCUCUUGUUGGCCGGCCGAUUAUUCGAGCUGCUCACAAAAUUGGAGACAUAGAAGUAAAAGAUGCUCCAACUGAUGCUCGUGAUUUAAUGGUUGGUGAUGAAGCUAGUAAAUUACGAUCAAUGUUGGAAGUUGCCUACCCUAUGGAGAAUGGUAUAGUUAGGAAUUGGGAAGACAUGUGCCAUGUUUGGGAUUACACAUUUGGUCCCAACCAAAUGAACAUAGAUCCUAAAAACUGCAAAGUCUUAUUAACUGAACCACCUAUGAAUCCACUCAAGAACAGAGAGAAAAUGAUUGAGGUCAUGUUUGAAAAAUAUGAGUUUGCAGGAACUUAUAUUGCAAUACAAGCUGUUUUGGCUCUAUAUGCUCAGGGUCUUUUCACUGGAGUUGUGGUAGAUUCAGGUGAUGGUGUGACUCACAUUUGUCCAGUUUAUGAGGGUUUUGCACUCUCCCACUUGACUCGGAGGUUAGACAUUGCUGGCAGAGACAUCACCCGAUAUCUCAUCAAGCUGCUGUUACUCCGAGGCUACGCUUUCAACCACUCUGCUGACUUUGAGACUGUUAGAAUGAUCAAAGAGAAGCUCUGUUACAUAGGUUAUAACAUAGAGCAAGAACAAAAGUUGGCUUUAGAAACUACAUUCUUAGUGGAGCCCUAUACACUGCCUGAUGGAAGAGUCAUCAAAUUAGGGGGUGAAAGAUUUGAAGCCCCCGAAGCAUUGUUUCAACCACAUCUCAUCAAUGUGGAAGGACAGGGCAUUGCCGAACUAGUCUUUAACACAAUACAGGCAGGAGAUAUUGACAUAAGGCCCGAGUUAUACAAGCACAUAGUCUUGUCCGGUGGUUCGACCAUGUAUCCAGGUUUACCCAGUCGAUUGGAAAGAGAAAUUAAACAGCUCUACCUGGAGAGGGUUUUAAAAGGAGAAACAGAGAAACUUGCCAAAUUUAAAAUACGUAUUGAAGAUCCUCCCAGAAGAAAAGACAUGGUUUUUAUUGGUGGCUCAGUUCUUGCUGAUGUAAUGAAAGACAAAGAUACUUUCUGGCUAUCCAGAGAAGAAUAUCUAGAAAAAGGACUGAAAGUUCUUGAAAAAUUAGGAGCCAAGACAACUUAAAACUUUAUCAUUGUGUUAAUUUUUUUACAAUAAAAAAAACAUCAUUAUUUGCAUUAAUUUUUGGGACCAUUGAAUUUUAUUUCCAAGUUAAAAAGCUGCUGCUUUUUGCUCAAUUGGAACUUCUUUUUUUUACAUUUGAGUUACUACCCUCCUGAGAUUUAUGUGCUUAUCGGAAAUGUGUAGAAAGUUAACUUGUUGAUUACGCUAUGUUGAUUUUUUAUUAAUAUGAUGUAUGAUUUAAAAAUUAUUUAUACUGUACAUUUCUGAUACUUAAUCAUUUUCUCAGAAAAUAAUUAUAUAUAGUUAAAUAAAAUAGAAAUUUACUUAUA